AUGUUGCGAUCCACCGACCUUUUGACCGUUGUUUUUACCGUGGCGCUGAUCUUCUUCUUCUGCUUUGUACUUUUCCCGGGACUUCGGCGAACCGUGGACAUGCAAGAGCGAUUAAUCGUUCAAGAAGAUUUAAGUAACUCGAGCACUGCUGAUAAAAGCCCUGUCGGCGAUAUCCAAGAUAAUGGGGAUGAGCUCAACAUUCAGGAGUCAGCUCGAACCAGACAACCUUAUGAUGUAUUCCUCGUCGUCGAUGUUGAGGGAACGUGCGAAGCUGGUUCAAGUUUUGAUUACCCCAAUGAAAUCAUAGAAUUCCCUGUGUGCCUCAUGAGAUGGAAGGAUGAUAAGCAAAGGCAUGAACUAGUGGUCGUCGAUGAAUUCCGCAGUUUCGUCAAACCCUCCUGGAGGCCAACUCUCAGUAGAUUUUGCAAAGAACUUACCGGCAUCAACCAGUCACAGGUAAAUAAUGCCCCGACUUUUGGGCAAGUAUUGGAGUCUGUAUCCCAGUUCUUAGUCAAACACGGCGUACUAGAUGAAGGUUGUUGUGAACCUUUAUUGAGAUUUUGUUGGUGUUCAGAUGGUCCUUACGACGUCCGAGACUUUGUUGUAAAGCAAUGUUUUAUUUCAAAGAUUGACAUGCCGUCGUGGUUAAAAGGGGACGUACUUGACGUGAAAAAGAUGGUGACAAGUUGGUCAAUCAUGCAGAACUACCGAGGCCGAAAAAUGAAAGCAAUGCUUGCCCGAAAUCAUCCAAAUCGGCCAUCUUUGAAUAUAAGCUCCCAGCUUCGAGUUCUCGGGCUUCCUGCAUUCCAAGGGCGGAAACACUCUGGCAUAGACGUAGUUCCAUUCAAGUUUUUCAUGUCGCGCCACUUACACACGGACUCCAAUUUGUUCUUCCAGGAUGCUCGGAAUAUUUCAAGAAUAAUGUCCGAAUGUGCGCGUCGAAAUAUCCGCUUACAACCAAACACUCGUAUAGAUCCCAAUCGUCGUUGGAGCUGGAUGGGUAAAUCCGGCCAAAUUUUGCUAUAA